UUUUUGGUUAAAAAUUGGGAUAUUUUUAAGUUCUUAGUUUCUUCCAGAGUUUUGUAACGUUGUAUUAAGAUUGUAGAAUCAGUGUAAUAAUAUAAAACUAAGCAUUAAAACUCUCCCUAUUUAUUGGUCCUGAUAUCAGUGAAAUACAGGUUGCCCCUACAAAGCCAUACAAUUAGUUAGAUUAACAUGAUUUGGGAAAGUUUAUAUUCCGAUUUGGGAAUGUUUACUGACUUUUGCUGCCAAAUAUCGGCUUCAGAGCAGAUCCAUACUUAUAAAUCUCUGUGUUACUGUGCAUAUGUCAUUUAUAGCGAUUUACCAAUCACUGAGCUACUUGACAUGUAUUCCCCUUCUACAAAUGUGUUUAAAUCGUAUUCAUGAGUGAACAUUGUAAUAGGCAAAAAAUUGUUGAAUGACAAUAAGUUGUCUGAGGCCAGUUUUUAUAAUGUUUAUCAGAUGCUAUACGUAGUUUUCUGACCACCAUAUUCUGUUUCAGCCUCAAGUUAUCCGAGUCAGGAUCUGAGCCGGAACGAGAGAAUGCUAUUUGUCCCAUUGACGACACAAGAUUGUGAUCAGCCCGCCUCGAGUGACCCGAGUCAGGAUCCCAGCCAAAACGAGAGGGAUCCACUGAUCUCCACUGCUUCACACGCGACUCCAUCACAAGCAGCCCGCGACCUCUUCUACGCCAGCAAGGCCGGGGACCUGGAGGAGGUAAAGCGGCUCCUGACGACAGCGGGAGUCAGCGUCAACUGUAGAGUGGAAGGGAGCUGGACACCGGUGAUGGUGGCAGCAUACUGGGAACACAAAGAGGUGGUGGAGCUCCUGGUUAGUAGAGGAGCUGAUGUGUCACUGGUGGACGAGGACGGUAACAACACCCUUCACUUCGCCUGUAUGAGAGAAGAUGUGAAGACGGUGAAGUUUGUGCUGUCUCAGAACGUGGUGGACAUCGACGGUAGAGGAUGUGGGAGCAGGACACCGGUGAUGGAGGCAGCAAGGGCGGGACACAAAGAAGUGGUGGAGCUCCUGGUGAGUGAAGGAGCUGAUGUGUCACUGGUGGACGUGGACGGUAACAACACCCUUCACUUCGCCUGUAUGAGAAGAGAUGUGGAGAUGGUGAUGUAUGUGCUGUCACUGAACGUGGUGGACAUCAACAGUAGAGGAUUGAGGAGCAUGACACCGGUGAUGAUGGAAGCACUGUAUGGACACAGAGACGUGGAUGAGCUCCUGGUGAGUAUAGGAGCUGAUGUGUCACUGGUGGACGAGGACGGUAACAACAUCUUUCACUACGCUAGUCGGGGAGGAGAUGUGGGGACGGUGAAGUAUGUGCUGUUACUGAACGUGGUGGACAUCGACGCCAGGAACAACUCGGGGGAGACAGCGGCGGACGUGGCGAGACUCUGGGGACAUCAGCCAGUGUUGGAUCUGCUGGUGUCCCGCGGCGCUCAGUGACGUCAGUGUCGUGUUUGUGUAGACGGUGGAGGGGGACAUGUUGUUACAGACAGUGACGUGGUGUGCCGUGCACGUCGUCGUGUUAUAUAUUCCCGGAUUUGGUGAGAACGUUUGUUGUGUUUGAGGAGAAAUAAAACUUGUUAA